ACAAUUAUGAAGGGAUGGGACCAUCUUGCAGGUCGUGGGAGGGGUAAAACAUGACCCUGUCGGUUUAUCUGCGCUCCCCUAAUCCCCAUCUCAUCAGCUCCUGACAGACCCACAAACCCCCUCUUUCUUCCUACAUCCCCUCUCAUGGCUACCUGAUAGCUAAACCUAAAAUCUAGCUCAACUCAAAGGCCCAAACUCUCAUCUCCAUUUCCCUGCUUCCCAUCUCAGCGUUCAAGCACUCCCAAGCUCUCCCAAGCGCAUCGGCGCAUCGCUUUCUCUUCAUCUCUCUUAGACAGUAAAAACAGUAAAAGAUUCUUCUUUUGAUGAGAAGCGUUGCCUGCUGCUCCUUAUCAGUGAGAUUAGAACUCCCAGUGCACCAACAAGGAAGCUCUCUUUUUUACUAGCUGUGCUUGCAAAGGGUGGCACCCCUACUCUCCUUAACGCAUUCCUUUUCACUUCUCUCUCUUUCCUUUUUAGGCCGGUAGGUUAACUAUUGUUGGGAAACGAGAGAUCAAGCAUCAAUUCAUAAUCUUUGGGAUUGAUGGAGUUCAGAAGCAACCAUGACGAUGGGCCGCACGCUACUCCCAUCUCCCUCGCCCAUUCCCCAACAUCCAUCCGUACCUCCGCCUUCUCCAAACCCCCUUCUUUCAACAACGGUCUUGCCCUCUCUCCCACCACCCCUGCCACCACGUCAAAGUAUCGAGAAUGCCUGAAAAACCACGCAGCCAGCAUCGGCGGUCACGUCCUCGACGGCUGCGGCGAGUUCAUGCCCAACGAAGAAGACAGCUUAAAAUGCGCCGCCUGCGCUUGCCACCGCAGUUUCCACCGCAAGGCGUCCGACGCUGGCGCGUCUAAAAGGUCUCCCGCAUCGGCUCCUUUACCUCUACUUCUACCGCCGCCUCCGCUGCAUAAGUACCGACACCAUCAAAAGCAUUUUGGGUUUCAGCCGAGUCUGAGUGGCGGUACGACAACCGAUUCUUCGAGUGAUGAGCAAAUGGACGUCAACGACGUCGUAGCCACCGCGGCGCAGCCUACUCAUAUGGUGGUGACGGCUUCAAGAAAGCGGUUUCGGACGACCUUUACGGUGGAGCAGAAGGAAAAGAUGCUCGGCUUUGCGGAGCGAGUUGGUUGGAGGCUGCAGAAGCAGUACGAAAAUGCCAUUGAUGAGUUCUGUAAUGAGAUUGGAGUUCGCCGGAAAGUUUUCAAGGUGUGGAUGCAUAACAACAAGCACUCUAUACGGAAACAGCAACUCUUGAUGCAGAAGCAGCCACAUGAACAGCUUGAGCACCUUAGUCUUCAGCAACGGGAGGAGCAGUAAAAGUUGGUGAAGCUAAUAUGUGGCAUGAGACAAAUUAGUUGUACUGGAACAACCGAAAAAUUAGAUUUGCUUAUUUGUGUUCUUUGCUAGCGUUCGUCUAGCUAGCUCUUCAUGGUUUGAUCUUCCUGACUUAAAACUCUUAGCUUUUAUGUACAAGUUUUCAGCUUCUAUAAGUAUUUUUUUUUUUUUGCUGCUGCUUAUGCUGUAUAUCUUGUCCUAUCUCUAUUCUUCCUCUUAUUUUUUGAAUCUGCAUGGUUUUGUGCGGUUAAGCUUUAGCAUUGCUGCUCCCCUGGAAACCAAGUGUAUUUAUCUUGCCCUUCUAUUCUAUGUGUUACAUUCGGCGCAGCUAAGUUCGCCAAAUCA